AUGCCGGGCCACAGUGAGUUGCAGAGACUCGCCAGUCAAUUCAUGGAUGAGACAGGAGACAAGGAGCCUCAGAACGUCGAACUUGGUAGGGAACAAGUCUUCCUCUGUGAAUCGAAAGGCCGUGAAGCCGGCCAUACCAAGCAAGAUGGGAGACACCAUUACAGUAUUUAA